ACCAUGCAAACAAUCCAUCAUAUGACUGGUAUCCAUACGAAAACACUGCAAGGCGGGGGAAAUAAUAAUCAUUGUCCGUGGUGGUGCUGCUGUUGCGAGGGAGAGGGAACCGCAUCUCUUCCGAUGUCUUCAGGCUGCCCGGAUCGUUUGUUUAUCUGCGGCUCCCGGUUUAUUCGUGUCAUUACCGGCCCUUCUCGGUCGAUAGAAUGAAAGGAUGGCCAAGCGGCGAGAUGCGGAUGAGAGCGGAGAGCUGAUCGGCCCUACUGCGGUCCAGCAAGAUGCGACGCCGUAUCCCGGGAUGGCAAAAAUGGACGGAAUGGAGGAAAGAGGGGGAAGUGAACUGUCUUUAGAGGAGAUUUUAAUGCUCUACAGCCAACCGAUAAAUGAAGAGCAGGCUUGGGCAGUGUGUUACCAAUGCUGCAUAAACCUGUCUCAGGGACAUAGGAGGAAUUCUGGCCCAGCUGCCGGUGCAUCAGUGGUGGAUACUGCGAAGAGGAUUGAGGGACCACAGGAUGUGAGGAUUCAGAAGGACGGAGCUGUCAAAUUACAAUAUGAAGGCUGUGAUGGUAAAUCCAUCCCAGCCACAUCAACAGAGGUGAUUGAGUCUCUGGGCAUCAUGAUCUACAAGGCGUUGGACUACGGGCUGAAGGAGAGCGAGGAGCGGGAGCUGAGCCCACCCCUGGAGCAGCUCAUAGACCUCAUGACCAACAUGGGCGAGGCCGAGAGAGACGCCUGCCCUGACGAAGGUUACGAGGCCACCGAGGAAGAGGAGGAGGCCGAAGACGACCCCAUCAACAGCUGUAAUGUCCGUGGCUACAGGGACAUCCUGAAGAUGUGUGUGUCUCACCUCCCCAGCCCUGGCGAUGCCCCCAGCCACUACCAGGCUGUGUGCCGUGCUCUCUAUGCUGAGACCAGGGAGCUACGCUCCUUCCUGGAGAAGAUCAAGAGUGCCAAAGAGAAUCUUCAGAAGAUGGGUGGCGAGCCGUCUGAGGAUCCCAGCAGAGACCUAAAUGAGCUCCAGAAUGCAGACUGGGCUAAGUUCUGGAUGCAGGUGAUGGGAGACCUGCGGAACGGGGUGAAGCUGAAGAAGGUCCAGGAGCGCCAGUACAACCCUCUGGCCAUCGAGUUCCAGCUCACGCCCUACGAGAUGCUCAUGAAUGACAUCCGCUCCAAACGCUACAAUCUACGCAAGGUCAUGGUAAACAACGACAUACCACCAAGGUUGAAGAAGAGCGCCCAUGAGGUCAUCCUAGACUUCAUCCGGUCCAGACCUCCUCUCAACCCUGCAGCAGCCAGGAAGCUGAAGCCCCAGCCCCAGGUUCCUCCCACGCUGCACGAGAGGAUCCUGGAUGAGAUCAAAUCUGAGAGGAAACUGAGACCUGUCUCUCCUGAUGUGAUCCGUAGGAGCAGGCUGGGUGGAGGCAUAUACUACAGCACUCCACAGUUGAUCCUUACACGUCAAGAUGUGUCCAGCCCUGAUGGCCGCAGGAAGACUUCCAGCACCAUGACCCUCAGCAGUCUGUCCAAUGGAGGGCCAGGGACACCAGGGGGUGGAGCCCAGGCCCUAUGUCAGAGGAAGAGGCUGAAAGCACCUACUUUGUCAGAACUGGACAGCUCCGACUCUGACGAUGACAUCACCAUUGGGGGUCGAAGGUCAGCCAGUAGCUCCAGUGUCUCUACAUCGGUGGUAGAUGACACAUCUCCAGAGUCUGUACUGGGCAGGAAGACUCCACCCAUGUUCCUGCCCAUCUCCUCCACCCCCCAGCCUGAGAGACGGCAGGCCCCCCAGAGGAGACACUCCAUUGAGAAGGAAACGCCCACCAAUGUACGGCAGUUCAUACCCCCAUCCAGACAGAGCUCCAAGUCUCUGGAGGAGUUCUGUUUCCCGGUAGAGUGCUUGUCCCUGACGGUGGAAGAGGUAAUGCACAUCAGACAGGUGCUGGUCAAAGCAGACCUGGAGAAGUUCCAACAGUACAAGGACGUGUACAACGCUAUGAAGAAGGGAAAGCUUUGCUUCUGUUGCCGAUCCAAAAGGUUUUCCUUGUUCACCUGGUCCUACACCUGCCAGUUCUGCAAAAGGCCUGUGUGUUCACAGUGCUGUCAAAAAAUGAGGCUGCCCUCCAAGCCCUAUGCCAACCUGCCCAUCUAUUCCCUGGGCUCUACCACCACUCUACCCAGGGACCGGGUAGCAGCCCUGAGGAAAGCUGCCAGUAUAGCUGGUCCAUCAGCCACCCCAACAGCAGCAGCAAUUCCAGCAGGAAAAGGAAAAGCAACAGUUAAAGCAGCGGCCUCAGCAGCAGCAGCAGGACCAAGCAGAGCAGCAGCAGCCCCCAAGCCUGAGAAACCCUCUACCAGCCACCACCGCCUCAGCCUUCAGAAGACCAUGUCCAAGUUGUCUAAGCAUGGUAGUCUGGAGAAGUCCCAGUCCCGUGACGAGGUGGAGCUCCCAGCGGAGCUGACGGAGGACUGGAGCACCAUGGAAGUGUGCGUGGACUGCAAGAAGUUCAUCCACGACAUCAUCUCCUCCAGCAAGCACAGCCUCUCCCUGGCCACCAAGCGGGCGCGCUUAAAACGCAAGACCCAGUCCUUCUACAUGUCGUCCCCCAAGGGAGCUGAUUACCGACCCUCGGAAAGAACAAUCAAUGAGAUCUAGACUCUCCCCUCGUCCUUGUCUACCUUCUCCACUGUCUUCUAGUUGCUUCCAGAACUUAUGGCACAAUACAGAACUCUGACUGACUGGGUUUUGAUCUGGAUGACCGUGCUGCGAUCUGGCCUAUACCAGUAGACGUGUCUAGUUUAUUCUGUCUGUCGAUGCAGUCAGAGCGGGCUGUGGACCUUUACUUUUCCUUGGAGGAAUGUGGACUGUGUAGUCAGUGCUUGUUGCUAUGUCCUCUGAUCGUCACAUACAGUACCAGUACUUUCAGACAAAAGGAUACUAGUCAAUUUUUAUACAAUAUUUUGUUCAGUAAUGUAAAUGUUCCCAUAAUGUUCUGCCAUAGAGAGGUGGUUAAGGACACUGAAUGAUCAAAUGUAAAGUAUGAGGUAGUGUAAAGAUUCAAAGUGGUAUGGCCUCAGUCACCCCCUAUACUGGCACAAUUGGUGGAAUGUGGUAGGAGCUACUCGCCCACAGAAAAAUCAAUGAGCACAAGGCAAAAUAACGCUCCAUAUUUGAAUUCCUCAGGCUGUGGUAUUCUACUGUAAGAGAGUAGGUGUGAUGCUGACAACACAAGUCCCAUACUGAGAGCUGUGAACACCUUAAAGUGGAGACAAUAUGAGACAAAAGCAACAAACCAUUGGAUGAUGACUUGAAAGGAUAUGGAACUGUAGAUUUUUUUUUACAAGUUCUAAUUUUCUAUGGUAUGGUAUACAUGUGUACAUAUGGUUCGACUUAGAGUCAGGUGGAUUGUGAUGAAAAGUUGUCUCCCCCUUUUUACUCUUCUUGACAUGUUCAGGUUAUUUUUAGCUGACGGUACAAUAAUGAGUUAUGCUCAUUGAUGUUCUCUGGGUUCUGAGCAGUCUUGAUGAAGCAUCAUUUUACCAUAAAGAAUAACAGGUAAACAAACAGCGUAUUACUUUGCUCAAAGUUGGAUCAUACCCAUGAAGGUAGCCCAAACCUCUCACCUGUCUCUCCGUAGGCGUAGGGUCUACAGGAAUGUCAGGUGUCAGCUUUAGUGCCAAAAGGAUUCCCUUCUGUCUAAACCAUAAUAUAAAACCCAAAUAAGUAUUUUUUCUGGUGUAAAUAUUCAUUGACCUUGCUAUAGAUACCCAUCGCAGCCCCCGAUUAGAGCAUGCUUCUCUAAAAGACGUCAGACUACUGAAUAUACUAACCAUAGAAAUAGAAUGGUUAGUAUGUUGCCAACUACCAUUGUUGCAUAUUAUUAUGGGAUAUUAGAAUCCCGUUGUCUUAACGUUUGUCAUCUUCAACUUAGACCCAUGCCAGGAAGUAAAAGCAGGAUGUGUACCCUUCAUUCAGUGCUGUGAUGUUUUGUUGAGUCAACUCAACUGACAUUACAAAAGAAUAUGUCGCAUUGCAUGAGCCACAUCAGUUAGCAUCAUUUCAAUGAACAGUCUUUAUUACCAUGGCAAUCCAACAUCAGUUGAUAGAACAUUCCAAAUAACCAUGGAAAUGAUUGCAUUGCAAUACUAUGGAGCCAUUGUGAGUGUACAGAUGAGUUUACCAGUCAAAUUUCCAGGGUUAGAGCUUCCAACCCUGUUCUAUUCAUUCUAUUUCUAUGAUACUAACGCUAUGACAUGAUGAAGGAACAAUAUUAACACAGUAUUUGUCACUGGUAGUUGAACACGCGUGAUAUCAUUGAGCAGGUGCAGUAAUUGUGCUAGAUAAUCAUAACAAAAGCAGACACAAACAGUAGGAAUCACUUUUUGUCAAUAUUUUAUAUAGCAUGUGCCCCCAAAAAUCAUCUAGUCUGUUACAGUAACAAGCAUGCGCCCCCAGAAAUAUAUUCAUAUUUUGUGAAAGAAAUCUAUACCUACUGUUAUGUUGAUUUUAGUUAUUGAUGUACGUUUGACAUGGCUUUUUCUUUGGUUUUGAAUGGAAUAUUUCAUAUUGUGCAGAUAAACACCCAUAUUCAAUAACAGUACAUGAAAUGAUCUCAAAUUGUCUUUCUUUGCUUUACAAUAGUUAUGGUAUGAUUUAACAUGCUUCAAAUCACCCUCUGUUUUAUUGCAUAGGCAGCAAAGUAUGGUAUUACACGCUACUCUCAUGUUCAACUCUAAGCCUCAAAAUGAUGCCUUCAUGAAUUUGUAUAUCAGUUGUGUGUGACUGUGGUGUGUCUUAACCAUACAGUUUGUCUCUAAACCAGAAGCAGAAGCAUAUUUCGGAAGCCAGGAAUCAGGAUGUAUGUAUAUUAAAAUGUCUAUUACAAAUCAA